GGCAUACGCGCGUAUACAGUAUACGCGUAUUCAAAAUAAAGAAAACUCUUUCUCGCUCUGUGGCAAGCAGUCAAGCCAUUGAAAACAACAAUGUCUUGUUAAGAAAAGAAAAAACAAUAGGUUAGCUCAUACAUACUAAUCAGGUAUACGCGUAUAUACUGUAUACGCGUAUGUGCGUAUAUGCAUACGCGUAUGUGCGUAUACGCGUAUUGGGCUGACGCGAAUUACGCGUAUAUUUUGGUUCGGAUAUAUCUGAGCUGCACUGUAUUCCGAAGCAGCUAGUAGGGUUUCCCGUAAAAAAAAAAAAAAAGUCAAAACACAUGAGAGCGUAUUAUAAAGUGUUUUGAUAGAAGCUGACAGUCCCUCAAGCUUUUGAUUAUCCUGAGAGCAAGCUCUUUAACUCUUGGGGGUAGGGGUGGUGCUUUUUGCCCCCAAGGCAGGUUUUCAUAGCUAAAGAAUAUUGUGGCCUGCGAAUUGGAACAACAGAAAUAAAAGUAGAUACAGUAAGCAGUUGUUCGAAAUCGGAAAAAAAAUGUGAAAUAGCACUUUGUUGGACAGCCUAAGAAAAGGCCGCUCUAAAAUUGGUACAAAACAGCAUUUGUAAGGAAUAGAUAUUCACGCUUCUUCCAGAAUACCAUUAAAAGACAAAUUUUAUUAUGCUCUUUUAGUUUUGGCGUCCCUUGCUGGGAACACUGCAGCGCGAUAAACGGUUCAAUUUUGUAGAAGUAUAAAACUUGUUUUCAUUCAUCCCGUUUAAUUGCUCCCAUUUUCCCUUGAAGUUAGAUACCCCGGUUCCAGAAGGUUUUCUGUUCACUUCCCCGAAAAAUAACCUCGAGAAUCAUGAAAGCGUCGCUUGUUGUUGAAGUAAGUCACAGUUCACUAAACAUAAACAAAGCAAUGUGAAUGUUAGCUACUGCUGAUAAACAAAAAGUCCGUUGAUAUGUGCCCAGUGACGCGGAAAAACCGCUACUCGAAAAUAUCAAUCCAAAACAACUGUUAAAAAAGUCAACAAACCCUGUAAGCUUUAUCAAAUUUUGCUUUUCAAGGGCCCAAAAACACCCUUUUCUGAAAUAUUUUCCCUACAAUAUUUUUGGCAUCCUGUUGUUAUCGGAAAUUGGCAACGCAUGCAUUCCCGUUAAAUUCGUGACGUGGGCAUUUGAUACGCCCUGCGAGUCAAAAAGGUCAAGUCAGAUUUUCUCUGUUUGUCUGUAUGUGAAAUAACGCGCUCCAAAUUUGAAUAGGCGUCUCGUUGAACAGUCAUUUACUGUAUUUAUUCAUCUAGGCCAAAUCUCUUUUCUGUUAUAGGGUAGCAAAGCGGUCACCCAGCGUUUUUUCCACCCAAACCUAAAGCAGUACAUACAGCAAUAUUUGGCCGUGACUAUGGGUUGACGGUUUGGAAACAUUGUUCGCUCGCGAGGUUGCAUGUUUUGAAGACCGUUGGCCGACGCAGCGAUCUUACAGGGAAAUAAAUUUGGCUAACAGUUGCAUUUUAUACUGGAAGAUGACAACUAUUGUGGAUUGGAAAGGGUUGUGUUUCGUUAGCUAGAUAUUACGGGGGAACGUUUGAGAAAGAAAAUUGCCAACGAUGUCUAUAGCAUUGUGGAUCAUAGCGUACACUCUGAUUGGUCUGUUGCUGCUUAUAACACUUGUGUACGUCGGAGUUCUGUCGUAUAAAACUUACGUCAUCCGACGGGACAAUCGGAAAAUGGGUUAUAACUACGGUUUUAUCAUCGGCACGCCUUCGGAAGGGGACAGGCCUGGUUCGGCUAAGGAUACGCCACCGAGUCCUAAACGACUGGAAGCCUCGGUUAAACCGCCAACUGUUCCGCCCUACUCUGUUGGCGAGGUUCAUGAAGUUCAUGUCCAGCCUCUUCUAAACAGACGCUCGGUCGUGGACUUUUCACCAGUACCCGGGAGUCCAACCACCCCACUGACUCCCAGGUCACCAAGUACUCCGUCGUUCUUUGAUGAUUUGGGUAGCCUGGAUCCGAGUCUUUAUACAACUAUUGCUGAGGAGGAUGAAAAUGCUCUCUCUCCGGGUAGUUCUGAUGGUGCCUCUUCUUCUCACAAUCUUGGCCAGGCUCAUUUUAUUGUUAAGUUUGAUCAGCACCGGUCCGUUCUCACGGUAAGGCUCGUCAAAGCGCUGAAUUUGUCACCGCUUGAAAAGGAAUGGAGCAAGCCUUGCAACCCUUAUGUUAUCGUUCAACUGCUUCCUGAUUACCGACAUCAACUGCAAUCUACGGUGCACAAGAAAACUACCAACCCUCGCUUCGAUGAGACUUUCGAAUUUGAGUUAACUUACAAGGAGCUUCAGCUUCAGACCUUAUGGCUGACGUUCCUGUCAUUUGAUUCAUCGUCACGUCACGAUGUGAUUGGACAAGUGGUUCUACCGCUGACUGAUUUAUCGCUAUCUCAAGACAAUGUGUUUCGUACUGACAUCAGACCGAGUCUGAAGAAACAAGUUUCUUUAGGAGAACUGAUGGUUUCCCUUGGUUACCUCAAGUCCGCGGAGAGACUAACAGUUGUUGUCAUCAAGGCCCGCAAUCUGCCAGCGGUCAAUAUUAAAGGAUCAGAUCCAUAUGUUAAAGUCUAUCUACUCGUGGCAGGGAAACGCGUGAAAAAGAAGAAAACUUCCACCAGGAAGGGAUCACUAAACCCUGUGUUUAACGAGGCUGUCUCGUUCGACAUAGCAAUGGACGCCAUGAACUCAGUUGACCUACUACUGUCGGUCAUGCACGAAAACAUGAUUAUCGGCUGCGUGUCAAUUGGCGCGCACGCCACAGGAAAAGAACUUGGUCACUGGCGGGAAGUGCGUACUGCCAACAAACCAGUGGCGCACUGGCACCUGCUGCAAGACCCAAAGAAAUUUUAUUAAGCAGGAUUUAAUGGAAACUGCGGUAGCAAAUUUCAACGUAGGGCUUUUUCAUCUUCGUGCAAGAUGGUCAUUGAAGAAGAAUGAAUUGAGAAUGAGAAUUUAACAGCUUGCCUUUUGUUGUAAUUGUGGUGCUAGCGACAAGGCCAUCAGCUGCAAGUCUCAGGAACGAGGCGGAAUGAGGAGGAAGCUUUUCAUAUCUCUUCCCCAUUCCUCCUCGUUCUACCUGGAUGACAAGCUACAUGGACUGGUGAUUAUGUGGUGUAUGAUGUUACCGGAAAUUCCUGUUUGAGUGUAUGUCACAUGACCCUUGAAACAACGGACGAAUUAAGGUUCUUUUUUCAACUGUGGACAUCAUUUUGCAGAGUUUUGGGGGUUUGCAAAAGAGUUCAGAAAGACAGUUUUGAUAAGUGAAAUUUGUUUAAAAUAGAAGUCUUUUCAGUUUUGUUAAUCUUCUUUAAGAUAUCGUUUACUCUUUUUACAUAAAUAUGUAAUACUAUAGUUUUUAGAAUAGAUCUUGUCGUUAUGACAAUGUAACGUUUUUGAUAAACAUCGUAUGUUUCGCUCUAUUUUCAACAGGGACUUUUAUAAAAAGAAGUCUCACUGCAAAGGAAUGUUUUCAGUAAUAAAAUAAGAAAGACAAAA